ACAUGCACACUCACGCUCCUCCUCGCUGAACAGAGGACCGGGUUGGAGAGAACCGGAGGGACGGACGGAAAUUGUUUUCCAGUAUGAAUGAGGCGCCAGAGAAGGUCUGAAACUACCAGCCAUUCGUUGUGAUUUAGAAGGGCAGAUUGUGUUUCAGUGGAAGGUAAGGCUGGGAUAACCAGUUGGGAUAUCUCCAGUCCUCUGCUCCGUCCUCCAUCCCGGAUAGACCAGAUCUAGACGAAAAGGUUGAAGGAGACCCUCGCAAGAGAGAAACAGAUCGUAGGAUAUUGCACAGACCGAGCGGGGAGACGUCACUUCGAAACAAAGUUACGAAAACGUGAUUUGGAAAUGGUCUGGCCAAGAACUUAAAUGCCAAUUGAUGAGCAACGACAGCGAGGCUGGCGAAGGCGCAAAAGGAAAGGAGUCUCUCCGGAGGAGCUGUUGACGAACGACCGUCGGAGAUGUCUCUUUGGAUGAUAUUACCUGUCAGCCUACCAGCCUUGACCAUUACGGGAAUAUGGGUCGUGUACGCCAUGGCCCUCUACAACCAACACGUGUGCCCCGUGGAGAACUGGAUGUAUAACCAAUCUUGUGAGGAGGAGUUGCCCUUUCAGAGAGGCCCAACUCUCUGCUGCACCCUGGACAAUGUUCCCCUCAUCAGCAAAUGUGGAACUCUUCCGCCUGAGAGCUGCUUCUUCAGUCUCAUCUGCAGUACCGGCUCUUUCAUGGUGAUGGUGAUUGUACUUCUGCGCUAUGCCCACGUGAUUGAGAAGCAUCAGAACUGUGUGCUGAACACGGCCAGUCUCUCCACUGGCUGGAUCUGUGCCGCUGGACUCAUCAUUGUUGGCAACUUCCAGGUGGACAACGCUAAGGUCCUGCACUACGUGGGCGCGGGGGUGGCCUUCCCCACCAGCAUGCUGUUCGUGUGCCUGCAGUCGGCCCUCACCUACCGGCUGGCCAAGACGCAGGGGGAGUACGCCGUGGGGCACAUGCGCCUGGCCAUGAGCCUGAUGGCCCUCAUCGCUCUCGUGCUCAGUGGCGUGUUCUUCGUCCAAGAGAGCUAUGCGCUCCAGCACGCCUCGGCCAUCUUCGAGUGGGUCUUCUGCGUCAUCAUCAUGCUCUUCUACGGCACGUUCGCCUUCGAGUUCGGCGGCAUGUCCAGCAACACCAUGAUGGUCCUGGCGCGGGGCGGGGCACUAGGGCCCGGGGGACGCGAGCACAAGAUGGAGCCGCUGGGCGGCCACACCAACGCCCACCAACCGGAGACCAUGUCCGUGCUGUAGCCGCGGCGACCCAGGCCACCCGGCUGGCCCCCCCUCGACCAAUCACAGCGAGGCUAGGAGAGGCGUCAUUUCCUCGGGGAGGAGGAGGAGGAGGACCAGAGCGGCACCAGUGGCGCUCGCAGGACACUGUCCAGACCUCUCGCUGACCGCCUCGUCCCUGAGUCAUGUCGGAAUCUCUCGCCAAAGACCUCUCCUCAGAACUUUGCACAUGACUGAGAGACCAAAGACUCUUGAUUGUUUUUUCGGCUUUUUGUUUUCGUUUGUUUUUCGGGUUCGUUUGUUUGUUGCCUGCCCCCUCUGUCCCUCUGGAGGUGUGGAGGCCCAGGCGCAGGGGCCCAGUGUUGCUGGAGGACAGCCCCAAGUCCAGGGGCCAGGGGUGGCCUAGGGGCGGGCCAGGGGCUGGACAUCACCGUCAGGGGCGUCAGACCUGACAGAGGUCUGCAGGCUGCUGGAAGGCUCUGCAGUUGGAAGGGAAAUUCAUACAUUACACACACACACACACACACACACACACACACACACACACACACACACACACACACACUCAUGCACACAUACAUUCAUUCUUACCAUGAUCCAAAGCCAAAAACAACCAAAGGCCUCUGUAGUCUGUCUCUCUUUUCCACUCACACACACAUACACACACACACACACACACACACACACACACACACACACAUUGUAUGCAAUAUGUAAGCUCAAGUAAUCUGCCACAUAUGCACUAUUGUGGAUAUACAGAGACACACACACACACACACAUUCUUGAAAAUAGAAGACCAGCUUCGUGAGCCCCUCUUGUGCAAACAGUGUCGGUCUGACGCCUCCAACCCACAGUGCCAUGACCUGAGAGAGACUUGUGCUUGUUUUACGUUUGCCUUUUUAUACUUCAUGGGACCCUGCUCUGUCCGACAGACCCCCCCAUGGCCCGAGGUCAUCGUCCUCAACAGACACUUGGGAUGUUCCUCUGCUCACCUCUCCAGACAAGAGGAUAUUGUACUGCCAUUGUGCCUUAGCGUACCGGACCAAAACCGCGCUAUCCUCGCAUCUGAGGGGACAGCUUGUUGUUGACGGACCGUCGUUUUGCUUUAGUGAAACGAAAGCGUUUAUAUCUGCAUUGUACAGCUACGGCUGCGCAGAAGCUGAGAGAUGAGCGCGUCUAGUCCUCGUCACGGAAGCGAGGGCAGGCAGACUGCAGAUGAACAGAAGCCUAGCUCACGUUAGACCACCUCACGGACGAUCACGGUCAGUUUGGUUGUUCCAAGGCACGAGCCCUCAGCGAGGCUGUGCCCACUGCCCAGUGAGUUCAAAACCAGCAUCCAGUCAAGCAAAAUGUCGGAGCGUUCAACCCCACAUUUCUGUUCCUCCACACGAACCCUCCUGUUUUCCUCUUCCUCUCCAGCAGACAUGAUGAUGAGCGUGGAGAGGGGAGAAGGCAGAGGAGGACUGAGAGGGAAUCUGCGUGCCAUAAAUACAGCUGCCCUCUAUUCAGGGUGCAGGGUGCCCAAUCCGUACAUCUGUCCUCUAUUCAGGGUGCAGGGUGCCCAAUGCGUACAUCUGUGCAAAUGAGUAUCAGUGCCUUGUCCCCAGUCCGUGAUCUGUCUGUUGUGUGCCCACUGUAUCUAAAACUAAAAGCAAUAUCAGUUCCCUUUGCCAACAAAACCAUGCCGUUCAAACGUUGCCAUUUGGAGUGAGUGUUAAGAUGGUGUCGUUCCCCAAUCACUAAGCCUCUGAGUGAGUGUGAGUGUUUAAUCCCACCAACUAGAGUCAAUAGCUCCAGAAAAUGGAGGCAGUGGAGGGUUUUUUUUCCCCUCCAAACAGGGGAGUGUUUGCCCCCCUGUGGCCAGUUUUAUUUAUGCAAGGACCUUAAACUGUUGCGUGUUCACAGAGUUAUUUGAUUAAAAAGAAAAAGAAAAAAACAGUGCAGCAGGCUGCACUCUCCCCCUCAUCCCUUAACCCCCUAUAUCAGUCCCUGCCCUGUAGGCGAGACCAGUCAGGACGAGACAUAUCCCUCUUGCAGUAUUGCCACGAUAUCUCUUUUAUAAAGUGACCUUUUCAAAUGCGACCUCUUUGUAUAACCUCACCGAAGAGGACAGAGGAAGAGAAAUAUGUCAUUCUGACCCCUCCGUGGCUCCGGCGCAGACAAAAGACGCUCGAUUCUGGCCGCAGUGAAUCGACGGGACCUUUCUGUUCCGGUGACAAUGUCUCCCCGGUGGGCACCAUUAGCCAUCGGACUCGGCGACUCACUCGCUCAUAGGGCCCGGAUCUGCGCCGGCCCUGGGCCAGCACUGGCACUGUGUCAGAAUCAGCCGGCGGCGAGGAGAGCCCUGCCCGGUGGUGUACACAUCUGUCUCUCUCUCUCUCUGUCUGUCGGCCUCUGCUCUCUGUAUUCCGUCUCAGUGUCGAUACUCGCAUUCGUUUAUCCAAUGCUGGCCAGUUACUAUUUUCUAUUCUCAGGAAAUGACAUCACCAGCGUUCCAUUAAUCUGUUGAAAGACUUCAUAUAAUAACAUUUCAAAAUAAUAUAUAUACAUAUAUUUUAUUAUAAUGGAAUAUAGGUGUAACUGUGAUUGACUGAUGGAAAUGGGAUGCCUAGUAUUGAACUGCUCGUGUGUGGUGGCCUUUUGGUGAGAGAUAUUGGGUUGAGUGGAUACUUUGAGUGUAGCUCUUGAUACAUGCCAGUUAUUAAUCCAAGAGGGCUUCUGUAAAAUUAAGGAUGCUGGUGUUUGUCCACCAAAGAGAUCCUGUCCUGUUCUCUCCGUCUCGUAGUUCAGAAAUGUCUUCUCUUGUUUUUCCGUGGUGUCUGUUUUUGUUUGGAUAGUAAGUGUUAUUGUCUGUGUUUGCCGGCUGACUGACCAGAGUUGUUGCCUAAGCCCCAAGCUGGUCUUCGCAUUCCUUUGCAGAAAGCAAUUGAUUGACACUCUGUAGUUUAUAAUCAGUGACAGCAUCCACUCAUAACAUCUCCAAUGACCUUUGGUCGUGCGGCGAAGCCACUGCAUGCAGUCGGACUGUCAAAGCGAAGACAUUUCACACAGUAAAAACUCAAUCCAGUUCAACCAAGUUCACCUCCCCCCAGAAAUCACUAACUCCCCCCCCCCUCUCUCUCUCUCUUUCUCUCUCCGUUCCAUCUUGGUUAAAUGGUUUCAAAUAUAAUUGUAUCUUGUAUCUGGCUUUCGGGGUUUUGGUCAUGGAGGGUCGAAAGUCUAUCAGCGGAACACUCUGUCCCCCAGUGUUGGGACACGACCUGGACCAGCCUAAAUCAACAUACAGUAUGUAAUGGCUGACCAUCAUGUGCCUUUAGUUGUUGUUAUUGUUGUAUCAAAACCAAACCAAAGAGAGACCCAGGAGUACAGAGUGGAGAGUCCAGUGUUCAAUGUACUGUAUGUAUAUUUGCCUUAAUUUUGUUCAGAUAAUAAAAUUUUUGUUCACAA